GGGUUUGCUGUACUGGGAAAAUGACUUCCGGUUCCGGCCUGCAGGGGGCGCAGUGAGGCGCUGCAGUACACUGUGUACUUUAGAGGACAUGGAAGAUAAACACAGAAAAUAAAGGGUGUGAGAUGGAUGAAGUGAAAUAACGGGCGGCUGGAGACACAGGAGGAUCUAAACUACAUGUGAGAGCGGAUUAACGCCAUGAUCAUCGCCUGAGAACAGAAACUGUGGCUCUGAAAGGUGGACAGGAUGGGUGAGGGUCCUGCAGGUGGUCCGUCUCCCUCCAUCACUCCAGUGCAGCAGAUGGUGGCGUCCAGUGCUGGAGCGUUACUGACCGCGCUCUUUGUAACGCCGUUAGAUGUGGUGAAGAUCAGACUGCAGUCCCAGCAGGCUCCAGUCUACAAAGCAUUACCAGCGGAUUCUCGUGUGUGGAAGAGAAAGCCUCGUCUCCCGAAGUGGAAGUGUUUUCUGUACUGUAACGGACUGAUGGACCACAUCUACGUCUGCCAGAACACCACGGCCUGCAGCGCCUGGUACAAAACACCCACUCACUUCAACGGGACACUGGAUGCGUUUGUGAAAAUCACUCGCUCGGAGGGUCUGCGCUCUCUGUGGAGCGGCCUUCCUCCUACGCUUGUGAUGGCGGUUCCUACCACAGUCAUCUACUUCACUUGUUAUGAUCAGCUCAAGGACGUCAUGUGUUACGGCCUCGGUUACCACAGCAACUACGUAUCCAUCAUCGCCGGGGGUCUGGCGAGACUGGGCGCGGUCACAGUGAUCACCCCGUUGGAGUUGGUGCGCACGAAGAUGCAGUCACGGCGUGUGUCGUACAGCGAGCUGCGAGUGUGUAUCAGAUCGGCCGUGGCUCAGAGUGGCGUGCUCUCGCUGUGGAGGGGGUGGGGACCCACCGUGCUCCGAGACGUCCCUUUCUCUGCCAUGUACUGGUUUAAUUAUGAGUUGAUGAAAGCAGCGCUGUGUGAGAGAUACAGAACACCGCAGGCUUCUUUUAACAUCAGCUUCGCAGCAGGAGCCGUUUCCGGAGCUAUCGCUGCGAUCACGACGCUGCCGUUCGAUGUGGUGAAAACGCGCAGGCAGAUCGAGCUGGGAGAAACCGAGCUUCUCGGAGCUCCUCCGAAGAAGCCUUCUUCCACAUGGCUCGUAAUGAAGAGUAUCUGGACUGAAAGCGGCUACCGAGGCCUGUUCGCAGGUUUCCUGCCGCGGGUGAUCAAAGUGGCUCCGGCGUGCGCCAUCAUGAUCAGCACGUACGAGUUCGGGAAGGCUUUCUUCCGCAAGCACAACGAGGAGGAGCGGCGGCGUGGCGGAGACGUGCGGAGGAGCAUCACCGCAGAGCUGCAUGAUCGUUUCCACCCAAACUGACCGGCCUUUAGCUCGGCCUUGGCAUGCGUCCUUGUUCUUAUCUCCGCAGGUUCUGGGCAGCAGGGCUGAGGCUCUCGGGUUCAGUUCGAUAACGCUGUGCAGGCGUUAAUUAUUUAUUUAGUUAUUUAUUUAUUUCCCUGAGAUGUGAUGUACUGCAUUGCAGUAAGACUGCAGCACACUGGAACUGCACAAAAGCAUGCUGGGAAAACUGCUAUCCUUGCAUUUAUCUGCAUGCAUGGGUGCUUUGAGGGGAAUAUUAUUCAGCGGAUGAAUUAAUCUGGGCUGUGAAAUGGUUCCUGGUUCCAUGUGGUCUUCAUAUAUAUGUAUAUGUUGUAUGGCCAGUCUGAAAUAGCAGAUGAGUAGAGAGCUUCCAUACGCUGCCCCCAAGUGUUCAUACACUGCAACUACAACAGACGAAUCAGAAGUGCAUCGGGUUUAUGGAGAAAUAUGAUUGAAUAUUGAAGCUCUCAUCGAUUCAAACCCCCAGUGAAUUAGAAGCGCUCAUCUGUUCGGUCACACCUAAAGCACAGCUGGAUCAUUUCCGCUGUCCCGUGAACUGAAAUAACAUCUAAGUUAAGAACGUUACACAACAGCAUCUGCUUGAGGGGGGGGGGAAAAGAUAUUUGCAGUAGUUUGCCCAUUUAUUGCGUUCCAUACACUUAUAAACCAUUUUGUCUGAUUGCAAUGCCUUCUGGGUAACGUCCGUCCCUGAAGUACGUCUACGUACACGGAUGUCGACGAGAUCCUUUAUCCUGUGUUCUUGUCCAUGUCUGAAUUUAAAGGCACUUAUUUCCCACGAGCCAGAAGCGUGUCAGUUCAGAAAACCUUUUUGGACAAGAAAAUCAGGAUGGUUCUAUUUAAAAAUAAUAAUAAUAAUAAUAAUAUAGACACAAGAUAGACAGGUUCUUUAGAAAUCUUUUUCUCAGUGCUGGGUGGGAGUUAAAUCGAUUCAGUAAAUCAAUCCGGGUCUGUCUGAAACGGUCCAGCUUCACUGGAGCUGAUGUUGAGAUCAAAAGACCCUUAAAUGAGCAGGAAAUUGAGUAAAAACAGUGGAUUUUCUGAUUUUUAUGCAUUCCAGCAGCAGUGCUAAUUUUCCUACUGAAACGAUGAAGCCUUUUACAAAAGUAAAUAACAUUUUCCUCACUAGGGGAAUAAAAACAAAACGACCAAUGCACACUUGAUUAAAGCUAGAAUCCUGGUCUGUUUUUGCUAACAUUAAAACUUGGCUGAUUUUAUUAUUAUUUUUAGAAUCUGCAGUUGGACUAUGAACCGUUUGCUAACAUUAGCGACUACAGUGACGUUAUAUUGUGAUCAAAUGUUUUAUCCCCUUUGGGGCCGCUUUUUUUGUAUUGUGUGUCUGUUAUUAGGCAAUUCUAGUACUAGCUAGCCGGAACUAGCAUAAGUUACCUGAUAACACUAAAGAAGAAAGACUUUAUCCCGUAAUGUGCGUUUAGAAAGCGAAUAAAGCAAGUCUGACCCUCAG